AUGGGGCCACUUAUGGAUGUAAAACACCCAAAUUGCUUGAAAUUGAGGAAGAAUUCUGAGCAAUGGAGUAAAUAUGUCCAUGGUGCUUCCGCGAUAUUUGCCUGGCGCAUAGCCAAGGGUGAAGAGGUCACGCUGCUUUCACCUCCACCACCAGAGCGAUUUCAUCCGUCGGGUCUGUCUUACUACCAAGUCAUCGAAGAGCCCAUAAUUCGAGGUUUAUUUGGUCAGAACGCGGUCCACAAAAUCAAUAUUGUUCAUCCUUUGAUCAAGGAAAGUGAUGAAUUUUUUUACGAGCUAUGGCCGAAUGACAGAAGCAACAAAUGGGUGGAACGAUUUGGAUUAAGGGCUUGCAAGAUGAAAUGGAGGCAACACCUCUCCUCUACUGAGGAGUUCAAAAACUUUGAACAACACAAGCCUACCGAAACUUCAAGACAGGGAGCGAGUUGUGAAAUGAAAGCCCGCGUAAAGAGUCAGAAGAAGGCCGCGAAAAAGAUAAAAAAUGAAAAGAAAGCUUGCACGAAGAGACAGAAGAAGGCCGCGAAGAAGAUAAAAAGGGAAAAGAAAGCUCACGCGAAGGCACAGCAAGAGGCUAUAAAGAAGCUCAAGGACGAAAAGAACACCUCCCAUAAAACACAGCAGGAGGCCGGGAAGAAGAUAAAAAGGGAAAAGAAAGCUCACACGAAGGCACAGCAAGAGGCUGCGAAGAACUGA